UAAACCGGCCCGGUCGGAUUCAGGACAGAGACGCCGCUCUCCACUCGUUCUCCGCCACAUCAUAGCGGUGUUUUCCGUUUUUCUGUGUUCAAAAUGCCUUUAAAGUUCGAGCUGUGUCCCGGGAGGAUGAUCGGAGGGGACGAGCCGUGCUUCAUCAUCGCUGAAAUUGGACAAAAUCACCAGGGAGACCUAGAGAUCGCCAAGCAGAUGAUCAAAAUGGCAAAGGACUGCGGUGCCGAUUGUGCCAAAUUUCAGAAGAGUGAAUUGGAGCAUAAAUUCAGCAAGACAGCCUUGGAGCGCCCGUACACUUCUGUUCACUCCUGGGGGGAAACUUAUGGUGACCACAAGCGCCAUCUAGAGUUUAGUCAUGAUCAGUACAGGGAACUGCAGAAAUACGCUGAGGAGGUGGGGAUCUUCUUCACUGCCUCUGGGAUGGAUGAGAUGGCAAUGGAGUUCCUCCAUGAGCUGAAUGUGCCUUUCUUUAAAGUGGGCUCAGGAGACAACAACAACUUACCCUAUCUGCAGAAGACUGCCAUGAAAGGACGUCCCAUGGUGGUGUCCACUGGGAUGCAGAACAUGGAGGCGGUCCGGCGGGUCUACAACACGGUGAAGGAGCACAACCCGAACUUUGUCAUCCUGCAGUGCACCAGCGCCUACCCUCUGGAGGCCGAAGACGUCAACCUCAGGGUGCUGACGGUGUACCAGAAGGAAUUUCCCGAUAUUCCCAUUGGCUAUUCCGGCCAUGAGUCUGGGAUCGAUAUUUCCAUUGGGGCCAUAGCUCUGGGUGCAAAGGUCAUCGAGCGCCACGUCACCUUGGACAAGACGUGGAAAGGAAAUGACCACUCGGCCUCUCUGUUGCCCUCUGAGCUCGCCGAGCUGGUUCGCUCCGUCCGACUGAUGGAGAGAGCGCUGGGGACCGGCAUCAAGACGAUGUUACCUUGUGAGCAGGCGUGUUUCGAUAAGCUGGGUAAGUCCUUGGUGGCGAAGGUCAGGAUCCCCAAAGGCACUGUGCUGACUCAGGACAUGUUGGCGGUGAAGGUGGCCGUACCAAUGGGCAUCGCAGCCGAGGACAUCUUCAAGAUGGUCGGAAAGACCGUGACGAAGGACGUGGAGGAGGAUGACAGCCUCUUGCCAGAGGUGGUGGCCGGGUUCUGCGAGUAGAAGUGCUGAGGGUGGCGGAGUUUAUACAUGGGUAGGGAAAGCCCUAAAUUUGAGAGGAAAUGUUAUUGAUUCCUCCGGGGAUAAUGGUGUUUUUUGUUGUUGUUUUUGGUGGUGGUGCUUUGAUUUCACAGCUCGGGUUCAAAGGGUUAACUCCUUUGCUAAACAGGCUCUUUGGAUAACCACACCAUAAUCGUACAUGAGGCCGAGUAGUUGUACUUGCCCCGUAGAGAUGAAGGAACAUUGAACACACGGAGCAGCUUCUGGUCCCCUCCUCACACAGCGGGGAGAUCAGAGCCCCAAACAGUCAUCGUAUUCAUCUUGUGCCUGCUCAUUAAUUGAAGUUUAUGGUUUGUUGGUGCUGCGUCUUUGAAAGGAGACAGACGCUUCCCGAAAAACCAAAAGAAAAAAAUGCCCCCCCCCCCCCCCGCUCACAGUUGACCUUGUUUUUGUCAGGAACCCAAGUCCCUCCGGAUGUUAACUGAACGUGUCAAAACCUGCGGGGUUUUCCGAAAAGAUGAAGCUUCCAAAUAAAAUGUUGCCAAAAUUC